AUGACCGACGCGACACUCUAUCGUACCACUGGUUAUCCAGAAAAAGCUCGACUAGUUUUUAAUGCACAGCUCUAUCAGCAGUUAAAGAGCAUUGCUAAAAAUCGUGAGAUUACAGCCGUUCCAGGAGGUCCGACCAUCUCGAAUAAUGGCAGUAUGCGUCCAACUCAGUCUAUGGUCCUUAAUGGAGCUGGGCGAUCUACAGAGCUAAAUGGAUGGAGUCUAGAGAAGAAAAUGCUUGCACUCGUGGAAAUGCUGGAUUUACUACGACGUCCGUUUUUCUUUUACUUGGAUUUUGGCACAGCUGCAGCUGCUGAAGCUUCGAAUGGAGGAAGCGCUGGAACUUCAGGGGACCGGAAACUUACUUACCAUUCGUACUUUAACAAAAUCUUACCGUUACAUGUGGGACAAACGGUGCUGCUUGAUUUGUGGGACUAUUUGAUGGAUAUGGUUGAUCACGUGCCUGUGCGUAAUCGUUGUCGAGCACUAUAUCUACAGGCAGCAGUAUACAUCUGUCGUCGUGUGGAAUUUCUUGAGGGAUAUCCACUCGAUGGACAGCAAGUGCAUUUGGACUCGCUCGUAUCGAAACGAUAUCUUCGUUUAUUGGAACGAAGUGUGCACUUUUGCUCGGUCAAGAUCCGCAAAUCUCGCUUUAUGGCACAAGAAUACCGGUUUUUUGUUGCACAUAUAUACACUGCCGUGUACUUCCGCUUUCCUUUUGCUACGCCCAAGUUACUGGAAGCUGUGUUGCAAUGCACAGAAAAAAUAGAGGGAGCAGGAGAAGCUAGUGAUAACCAAGGUGCGAAUUAUGGAACCGGUGAUGGGUGGAAUGGAAACUCGAAUGGAGUGAAAAGUAGUGCUCGUUUUGCCAAAGCAAAACGUCGGAAUUGCGAGAGUAGCACUGUCAGUUUGCGCAGCCCUCGGCAGUAUCGUCGUCACUGGAAUGAUAUUUCAGAAUCAAAAUGUCGGCCUGAUCGUAUUAGUGGCGUCGACUUGCAACUCGAGAUUUUCUCGUCAUUUUCAAAAUACAAGUUGAAUCGGGGUACAGGUCGACUGGUGGUACCUGUAAAAGGUGGAAGUACACCAGGCAUUCCACAGGAUUUGUUGAAAAAAGGUUCUAGCGACAAAUCUGUUGCCGCCACUCUAGAGGCUGUGUUUCAGCAGGGAAUAAACCGCGUCGGAGAGGAGCAAGAAGUGACUUUUAUUUACCAGCUUCCUUUGCUGUACAUCGGACACAAGUUGCAAAACGACGCGUUUGUGAAACUAGGGGUGACAAGUCACGACAAGAUUGAAGCAGGACUUGAUCUAUUUAUCGAACGAGUGAAAUCACCUGGAAGGGAUGAUCUCAUGGGUGUGACUUUCGUGGCCGCCGUGCUGAGUGAUGUGAGCAGUUGGUGUAAUCAUCGCUAUGCAGAUGGCCGAAUUUUGUGGCAUUGCGUUCCCGGCUAUUUUGCGCUCGUACGUAUGUAUGUGGUCGUCUUCCAGCGCAUGUGCCAACGGCGUGCGCGAAAUACGAGCUCUUCAUCUUUGCCAUCAGUGAAUCGCAUUCUUUCCAUUAUCGAGGGCAAGUCAAGCGAUCCCUGGGAAGACUAUUGGAAGGAUAGCGAAAUCGACGUGGUGCUAGACGCAGGCAAUGAGAUACUGAAAAACGAAGCGCUGGUGAAUGUAUUUAUGCAGAUCAUCUUAGAAAGCACCAACAUCCUUGACCCUACGAGUGUUAAUUACUCGUUUGGAAUCUUGCAACGAAUGCUCGAGGUAGCUUCAAUGGCCGCAUUGCCUGCUGCAACGGAAGCUGGGUCAUCCAUUGGGAAAUGUGGCGGUCGUGUCCGUCACUGCCUUGGAGCAGCAUUUGAUGGAGAUUACUUUUUGAGAAGCAUGCGCAGCGCCCUACAGUCCUCGCAUGUACAAACGGUUCUGAAAGUGCUUACGUGCAUUUACAACUGCAUCGACUUGUUGCCAACUACUGCCCGCAAGCGCCUCGUCGCGGAACUGAUCCUACGCGAAAAUUUCUUCCAUUUCUUUCUGCAUUGGAACGAAGAGAUUCGAAAGAUCUUCUGCUACAUGAUCGUGUUCAAGACAUCGGCUUCGAACCGGCUAGAUCUACCCAGUGCAUCUGACCGAAUUUUGCUUGCCCAGACUCCAUUUUUUGAAGCCGGUCCGACAUCCAGAUUUAACGGUAUUUUGUCGGCAUCAUCGCCUGCACUCAGUUACUUAAGCCAAUUGAGCGAAUUGGCUCAGGCCAUGUUGCAGCCUGCGGACAGCGAGAUGGAUCCAGUGAAGAAAGCAGCUGUGGGUAAGAAAGCGCUUCAACGUCUCACGAACUGGGACUCGAGUGCACGAUUGAAACGCACCCGCAACGGUGGCGAUGCCGUCUUUCGAGACAGCCUCGUCGAUGAAGAAUUAUCUGUGGACCUUUCUAUUGCAAGCAAGCUCGAUGCGAAUUUCAAAAUGAUUGCCGAGCAAAUGAAGGGCAAGCAUCUGCAUGCACCUGGAAAACGAUACUUCUCUCGUGAGUUGGAGUCUUAUGCUGAGCGCGCGCUAUCGCAAUACGUGUUGGUAUUAUGGGAAUACUACGAAGCAGCCUUUGAAGACCCGGACAAGAUGCCGAUCGCACCGUCGCUUGAGUUCACGAUUUCCGUGCCAUUUUCUUCUGAUUAA